AUGGUAGUGGAUCAUAGCAAACUGCCAUCCCAUUUUAUUGGUGGAAAUUCAGUCGACACAGCACCUCAAGAUCCUGUCAGAGAUUUUGUCAUUGCAAAUGAAGGCCAUACAGUCAUCAGCAAGAUUCUCAUUGCCAACAACGGUAUGGCUGCCAUGAAGGAAAUCCGGUCUGUUCGUAAAUGGGCUUACGAGACGUUUGGUAACGAGAGAGCCAUCGAGUUUACUGUCAUGGCUACACCUGAGGAUCUCAAGGCUAAUGCAGAAUACAUUCGUAUGGCUGAUAAUUAUGUUGAGGUGCCUGGUGGCUCCAACAACAACAACUAUGCCAAUGUCGAGUUGAUUGUCGAUGUUGCAGAACGAACGGCUGUUCACGCGGUGUGGGCGGGUUGGGGCCAUGCUUCCGAGAAUCCUCGUUUGCCAGAGAUGCUGGCCAAAUCUAAAUACAAGUGCCUCUUUAUCGGUCCUCCAGCAUCUGCUAUGCAUUCUCUAGGCGACAAGAUUUCAUCCACCAUUGUAGCACAGAGUGCUCAUGUGCCUACCAUGGGCUGGAGUGGCGAUGGCAUUACGGAUACCGAGAUGGACGAACAAGGCCAUGUCAUUGUGCCUGAUUCUGCGUAUAAGGGUGCCUGUGUUACGUCUUCAGAAGAAGGUCUGGCAGCCGCUGAAAAGAUUGGCUAUCCCAUCAUGAUCAAAGCGUCCGAAGGUGGCGGUGGCAAGGGUAUUCGCAAAGUAGAUGAGCCCGAGCAAUUUGCUAGCUGUUUCUCUCAAGUGCAAGGUGAAAUUCCUGGCUCUCCCAUCUUCAUCAUGAAGUUGGCUGGUAAUGCUAGACAUUUGGAAGUGCAAUUGUUGGCUGAUGAAUACGGUAACGCCAUCAGUUUGUUUGGCAGAGAUUGUUCAGUGCAGCGUCGUCACCAAAAGAUCAUUGAAGAAGCACCUGUUACGAUUGCCAAACCUGAGAUUUUUGAGCAGAUGGAAAAGGCUGCUGUGCGUUUAGCUAAAUUGGUGGGCUACGUCUCUGCUGGUACGGUAGAGUACCUGUACAGCCAUUUUGAUGAGAAUUUCUACUUUCUCGAAUUGAACCCUCGAUUGCAAGUAGAGCAUCCCACCACUGAAAUGGUGUCUGGCGUCAACUUGCCUGCUGCUCAGCUCCAAAUCGCUAUGGGCAUUCCUCUGCAUCGUAUCCGUGAUAUUCGCGUGCUUUACGGUGUACAGGCCAACAGCGCAUCUGAAAUCGACUUUGAUUUUGCUCAUCCUACCUCGCUUCAGAGCCAUCGUCGUCCUACACCUAAGGGCCAUGUCAUUGCUGUCCGUAUCACUGCUGAAAACCCAGAUGCUGGAUUCAAGCCUUCUUCUGGUAUCAUGCACGAGCUGAAUUUCCGUUCAAGCACCAACGUAUGGGGUUACUUCUCUGUGGUCUCUUCAGGCGGUCUUCAUGAGUACGCAGAUUCUCAGUUUGGCCAUAUCUUUGCGUAUGGUGAAAACCGUCAACAAGCGCGCAAAAACAUGGUCAUUGCAUUGAAAGAGCUAUCUAUUCGUGGUGAUUUCAGAACAACCGUGGAAUAUAUCAUCCGCCUUUUGGAGACAGAGGAGUUUGCAGACAACACGAUCAACACAGGCUGGUUGGAUAUGUUGAUUUCCAAGAAGCUGACGGCCGAGAGACCGGAUACGAUGUUGGCUGUGUUCUGUGGUGCUGUUACAAAGGCUCACACGGCUUCCAUUGAGAGCUGGAACGCUUGCAAGCAGCAUUUGGAGAGAGGUCAGGUGCCUAGCAGAGAUGCACUCAAGACGGUAUUUACCAUUGAUUUCAUCUACGAGCAAGUACGCUACAACUUUACUGUCACUCGCUCUGCUCCUGGUCUUUACACGUUGUACCUGAAUGGCAGCAAGACGCAAAUCGGUGUCAGAGAUUUGUCUGACGGGGGCCUCUUGGUCUCUCUUGCAGGUAAAUCCCAUACGACCUAUUCCAGAGAAGAAGUGCAAGCGACCCGACUGAUGAUUGAUGGCAAGACAUGUCUUUUGGAAAAGGAGAGCGAUCCCACUCAAUUGAGAAGCCCUUCUCCUGGCAAACUGGUCAAUUUGUUGCUGGAAAAUGGAGACCAUGUUAAAGCGGGAGAGGCCUAUGCCGAAAUUGAGGUCAUGAAGAUGUACAUGCCCUUGGUGGCUACAGAAGAUGGUCAUGUUCAAUUCAUCAAGCAAGUGGGUGCCACGCUUGAGGCAGGUGAUAUCAUUGGUAUUUUGGCUCUGGAUGAUCCUAGCCGUGUCAAGCAUGCGCUUCCUUUUACUGGCCAAGUGCCCAAUUACUGUUCCCCUUACAUGUAUGGUGAUAAACCUAAUCAAAUGUUGAAGGCAGCCAAAGCGUCUCUCGAGCACAUUAUGCAAGGCUAUGAUAACCAAGCGCUUGCUCAAACAGUGCUCAAGCAGAUGACUGAAAUCCUUCGCAACCCUCAACUGCCUUACUCUGAAAUGACGUCUGAAAUGUCUGUUUUAUCCGGUCGUAUUCCUGCUCGUCUUGAAACUGCUUUGCACAGACUCUUUAGUCAUGCAGAAGCAGCAGCGGAGCCAUUCCCUAUCGCAGAGGCCACUCAUCUGAUCCAAGACUUUGCUAAAACCAACAUCCAUUCUCAGUCUGAUCUCACUGCUUACAAAAUUGCUGUUCAGCCCAUUGUCGCUGUUCUGGAUCGCUACAAGGAGGGUCUCAAACACCACGAAUAUGCCACCUAUGUUGAAUUGAUGGAGCAAUAUUACGAUGUAGAGAUCUUGUUCAGCGGCCAGAUUCGCGAGGAAGAAGUCAUUUUGCAGCUGCGUGAUCAAAACAAGGAGGAUCUCGGCAAGGUGGUUGCCAUUAUGCUGUCUCACUCCAAGGUAGCCAGCAAGAACAACUUGGUCAUGAUGAUGCUUGAUAUUAUUUACCCGUCCAUUGGCGGUGGCGCCUUGGACAAGUUCUUCCUGUCCAUCUUGAAACGACUGUCUGACAUUGAUAGCCGUGCCACACAAAAGGUCACUCUCAAGGCGCGCGAGUUGCUCAUCCUGUGUCAGAUGCCAUCUUACGAAGAACGCCAAGCUCAAAUGUACCACAUCCUCAAGAAUUCAGUAACUGAACGCGUGUAUGGCGGUGGCAUUGAGAACCGCACGCCCAACCCAGAGGCUUACAAGGACCUGAUUGACACCAAAUUCAACGUGUUUGAUGUGCUGCCCAACUUUUUCUACAACGAAGAUGCCUACAUCUCUCUCGCUGCCAUUGAAGUGUACUGUCGUCGCUCAUAUCAUGCCUACAAAGUUUUGGAUAUGGCCUACAAUCUCAGUGGCCACCCUUACAUCUUUGCCUGGAAGUUUCUCUUGGGUAAUGCAACCCAUGGCAUGGACGACAAGCGCAUUGCCUCCUACUCUGACUUGACCUUUCUAUUGAACAAGACAGAAGCUGAGCCAAUCCGUACGGGUGCUAUGGUAGCUGUCCACUCCUUGGACCAACUCAUUUCCGAGUUGCCUCGUAUUUUGACCGCGUUCCAAGAAGACAAGAGCGAUACUACUGCUAGCAAGGUGGAUGGUCGUAUGGAGAACAUUCUCAACAUUGCCGUUCAAAGUGGCACUGAAUGCGACAAUGCGUACUGGCAGCCCAAAAUCAAGGAGGUAAUUCAAUCUCACGUAGAAAGCUUCCGUCAAGCUCACCUGCGUCGUAUGUCUGUCAUUGUAUGUCGUCCUGAUCAAUGGCCAGAUUACUACACUUUCCGUGAGAGUCAUAAUUACGAGGAAGACGAAACCAUUCGUCACAUUGAACCUGCCAUGGCGUAUCAACUGGAACUGUCUCGUCUCUCCAAUUUCGACAUCAAGCCAGUGACCAUUGAGACCAGGCAGCUGUACGUCUAUUAUGCUGUGGCCAAGGAAAACCCAUCCGACUGCAGAUUCUUUAUCCGUGCCUUGGUGCGUCCAGGCAGAGUCAAGGACUCGAUGCGCACGGCUGACUACCUCAUCUCUGAAAGCGAUCGUUUACUGAAUGAGAUUCUGGAUACAUUGGAGAUUGUUUCGCAGGAAUACAAAAACUCGGAUUGCAACCACUUGUUCAUCAACUUUAUCCCUACAUUUGCUUUGGAAACCAGCGAAGUCGAGCAAGCGUUGACUGAUUUCGUGGAUCGUCAUGGCAAACGUCUAUGGAAGCUGCGUGUUACAGGUGCUGAAAUUCGAUUUAAUAUCCAGCCAAAGCAUCCCAACCAAGCACCCAUUCCCAUCCGUUUUGUCAUGGACAAUGUCUCUGGGUUUGUGCUCAAAGUGGAUUCCUACCAGGAGAUUAAGACAGACAAGAGUGGCUGGGUCCUCAAAUCGCUGGGCCGUGUCUCUGGUCCCAUGAACAUGCUGCCUGUAUCUACUCCUUAUCCUACCAAGGAAUGGCUUCAACCUCGUCGUUACAAGGCACAUCUCAUGGGUACUACUUAUGUCUAUGAUUUCCCUGAGCUCUUUCGUCAAGCGACUCAGAAUCAAUGGAGCCAGUUUGUGCGUUCCAAGAAAUUAGCUGGUGAAAAACCUCUGCCAGUGAUACCAUCUCAGAUUGUGGAAGCUUUAGAGCUGGUGCUGGAUGAAGAGGUCAACAAACUGCGUGAACAGGUCCGUCCACCAGGCACCAACACGGUCGGUAUGGUCGCUUGGAUUGUCACUCUUCGCACGCCCGAGUACCCUGAUGGCCGUCGCAUGAUCGUCAUUGCAAAUGACAUUACCUUCAAGAUUGGUUCCUUUGGUGUAGCUGAAGAUGCCGUGUUCUUCAAAGCAUCUGAAAUGGCUCGUAAGUUGGGUAUCCCGCGUAUCUACCUCUCUGCCAACUCGGGUGCUCGUAUUGGUCUAGCAGAUGAACUGAUCAACAAAUUCAAUGUUGCCUGGAAUGAACCUGGUAAUCCUAGCUCGGGAUUCAAGUACCUCUAUGUCACGCCUGAGGUGUAUAAGUUGGUGAAUGCGGAUUCUAAGCAUCAGAGCGUGGUGGCGGAAGAGAUCCAAGAUGAAGGAGAGACCAGAUAUCGUAUCACAGAUGUGGUAGGUCUUACGGAUGGCUUGGGUGUGGAAAACCUAAAGGGCUCUGGCUUGAUUGCUGGCGAGACAUCGCGCGCUUAUGAUGACAUCUUUACCAUCACGCUUGUUACUUGUCGCUCAGUCGGUAUUGGCGCUUAUCUCGUGCGUCUUGGCCAACGUACUAUCCAGAAUGAAGGUCAACCCAUCAUCUUGACAGGCGCCCCGGCAUUGAACAAGGUGUUAGGUCGUGAAGUAUAUACAUCCAAUUUGCAAUUAGGUGGCACCCAAAUUAUGUACAAGAACGGUGUAUCUCAUUUGACGGCAGAAAACGAUCUCGAAGGUAUCGAUAAGAUCAUUCAAUGGCUCGCUUAUGUCCCUGCUGCUCGUGGCGCACCUAUUCCGAUGGCAUUGGGCUCUGACCCUGUGGACCGCGAAAUUGAAUACUUGCCUCCCAAGGGCCCCAAUGAUCCUCGCACGUUUUUGGCUGGUAAAUACCAAGGCGAUACAUGGGUCAGUGGCUUCUUUGAUGAAGGUUCCUUUACAGAGACGUUGUGUGGCUGGGCUCGCACUGUGGUGGUCGGCCGUGCUAGACUCGGUGGUAUCCCUAUGGGUGUCAUUGCUGUUGAAUCUCGUACUGUGGAGAAUAUCAUCCCUGCUGAUCCUGCCAACUCAGAUUCCACAGAGCAAGUCUUUAUGGAGGCUGGCGGUGUGUGGUUCCCCAACUCGGCUUACAAGACGGCACAAGCGAUCAAUGACUUUAACAAGGGUGAAGAACUACCUCUCAUGAUUUUUGCCAACUGGCGUGGCUUCUCUGGUGGUCAACGAGACAUGUACAAUGAAGUCCUCAAGUAUGGUGCUCAAAUUGUGGAUGCUCUCAGAAACUACAAACAGCCUGUUUUUGUGUACAUCAUUCCUAAUGGUGAACUACGAGGCGGUGCCUGGGUGGUUGUAGAUCCUACCAUCAAUGCCGAUAUGAUGGAGAUGUAUGCGGAUAAGCAGGCGCGUGGUGGUGUGCUGGAGCCUGAGGGUAUUGUUGAAAUCAAGUACCGUAAACCCGCCUUGUUGGCCACCAUGGCUCGUCUGGAUCAGCAGUACGGCGACCUCAAGAAACAUCUGGAAUCGGCCAUCGAUGUACCCGCUGAGGAGAAGGCUGAUAUUAAGCGCCAAUUAGAGGCGCGUGAGCAAGAGCUUCUGCCCGUUUAUCAACAGAUUGCCAUUCAAUUUGCUGAUUUGCAUGAUCGUACCGGCCGUAUGAUGGCCAAGGGCGUCAUUCGUAAGCCUCUAGAAUGGCGACACGCGCGCCAAUACUUUUACUGGCGUGUGCGCAGAAGAUUGAGUGAAGAAUACCUGAUCCGUGAUAUCAAGGCAGUGACAGAUGAUGGUCUUGGCCGUGAUUCCAUGAUGAAACUUGUACAAGAGUGGUUCAAACAAGACAUGCCAGAUGGUGAUGAUGAUAAUGAGCAGAUGGUGGCUGAAUGGUUUGAUCAGUACAGAGAUACUAUCCAGCAACGUGUGGCUCAAUUGAAGCGUAAUACAUUGGAGAGCAAGAUUGUGACAUUUGGAUUGCAAGACCAUGAUGCAGUCAUUGAAGGCUUUAGCAAGCUGUUAAAGCAGAUGGGCCCUGACGAUCGCAAAAAGGCAGCAGAGAAACUGUCCUCAUUGUUUUAG